UCUCCUUGGAUGAGGCAGGCAGGCUGGAUCCUGGACACAGCUCCUGGGCUCAGUUGUGCUCAUGUGCCCCUUGGCUCCACUCUGCUUUCAGCACAGCAGCAAAAACUGAGCAAAGAUUUUCUUCAUCACUUAUGGGCCCAUCCUGGUUUAGAGAGGAUUGCCAAAAUAGCAGAGCUUAUAAAAGGUGCCAACAUUCUCUUCUCAGAUGACCUCUGCCAUCUUUUGGCAGCUAAAAACGCAGCAUGAUUUAAUCUUCAGGCAAUCUCUACUACAACAGAUCCCUGGCAAUGUCUGUGCUACUGCCUCUAGGCUGGCUCAGCGUCUCCAGUGGGGAAUUUGUAGCACCCAGCCGCUGGCGUCUUCUCCUGGCGGAAGCUCAACCAUUUGAAGAGAAGGGGAGGAAAAAAAAAAUCCCAAUCAGGAUGUUUGCACACGCUGUUCUCUGCCUGCUCGCCUGGGUGUUUUGCUGAAGGACUGGGACAUCUGCAGAGAAGGGAGAGCGGCAGCGGCUGGAGCGUGCCUCGUUCGGGGCUGAAGUUCCUGCAGCGCCGGGGCUGUGAGUGCGCGCAGCCGGGAGGGGCGAGCAGCGGGGCCGGCUUCGCGCUACCCGGAGCGUACAUAGACAGACGUGAUUAAAAUUCAAGCCUAAUGGCCUCUGGCAUAAACAACAUUCAGCAGCCCGGGACUUGCAAUGGAUCUAAAGCCGCUCGCAGCAGCUCGGCAGAGGAGUGCAAUCGGGAAAUGCACCUGAAAAUGUGCAAGAAGAUUGCCCAGCUCACUAAGGUGAUAUAUGCCCUGAAUACGAAGAAUGAUGAACAUGAGGACAGUAUACAGGCUCUGAGAGAGGCUCAUGAAGAAGAAAUUCAGAAUAUUCUUGCUGAGACAAGAGAAACGAUUCUCCAGUGUAAAAGCAAAGUUGAAGAAGAACAGUUACUGAGAAAGCAUAUUCAGGCCCUUGAAAUUUCAGUAGCACAACACAAGAGAUUGAAGGAAGAAGCCUUGGCAGAGUUAAGAUUGUGUAAAAAGCAAGCAGAAGUGAAAGAGUCAAGAAUAAAAGUGAAACAAGCACCGACGGGCCUUUCUACAGACACAGUAGAUACCAAUGCAGGCUUUGAAAACAAACUUCUACAUUUAAAUCAGGAGUUUGAUGUACUGCUAAAUGAAUGCAAAGCAUUUAGAAGAGAACGUCUAGAUACAAAAUUAAAUUUAGAUGAAAAAUGUAGUGUGGAAAGACACACCGUAAUAAACGAGAUGGAAAACCUGAAGAGCAAGAACCAGAAAGCAACUGAAGAAUAUACUCAGAAAACAAGCAAACUGCAAGCCCCUUAUGAGACAGAAGAAGAGACUUUGAAAAAAGCUAUGCAGCAAUCUGUGAUAGAAACAAACUGUCAGCAAAAAGAAACAGAGCAAAAGAAGAGCUCAGAGACUGAGGAAGGUUUUUUGCUGCAGCAGGUAAAGAAGCUGGAAACAGACCUAGAGGAGAAAUGCCAGAAGAUAAAUGAGAGGAAGAAGCAUUCCCAGAAGCUGAAGGAGAGAAUACAGGAGCUUCAGACACAGCUAGAUGAAUUUAAAAGAAAAUACGAGUGUGAACUAAAGCAACUAGAGAAAGAGAAAGAAGUACUAACUGGGAAACUUCAAAACUCUUCACUUGAGGUGUCUCAGCUGAAGCAAAUAUUAGAACAACAAGCAAAUAAUUUCAAAGAGUCACUGAAGAAACAUAAUCUACAGUCCAACAAAGAAAAAGAGACACUUUUGCAGGAUCUUCAAAACACCAUUAAAGAAAAUCAAAAUGUUAAACUGCAGUUGGAGGCAUCACAUCAAAAAAUCUUAAAAAUGUUGGAGAAAAGCAAGAAUCAGGAACUCAAGGAGGCAGAAGAACGCUUGAAAAAGGAAUUUAAUGAGACUUUCAAGAUCCAACGUCAGUCUCAUAGGCUGGAAAUACAAACCUUGGAAGAGAAAGCAAAGAAAGAAUUACAUGAUGAACUUGAGCAGAUACAGAAGCAGCAAACCCUGUUGCUAGGAUCUCUAAAGAUGGAACUCUCUGAGCAACAGACAUCAUGCAUGAACCUAAAGAAACAAAUAGAAGAGCUACAAAUGGAGCUCAGGAGUGUGAGGACACUGAAGAAGCAGCAGGAAGGAAGUAGCCAAAGCCAGAUCAGAUCUCUUCACGAUGAACUGGAAAAAUGUCAGCGUGAAAUUUCUGAACUCAAGAAAGAGAAUUUACUUUUGAAGGACACAAUGGAGCUACUCAGUGCUGAGUUGGAGUCACAGAAGCAAGAAGCUGCACAGCUUCAGGAUAGAGAUAAACAGCAUAGAAGUGAAAGGCUACUGGUAGAAGACCUCAAUAUCAAGCAUAAAAAAGAACUGGACAUAAUGAAACGAGAUCACCGGCAGGAAGUUGACAACAUAGUAUCUGAUUUCAGCAGCACUCAGGCACAUCUCCAAGCAAAGAUUUUCUCCUUAGAAACUGCACUUAAAGAAUUAGAAGAAAAGUCAAGAAAGUGGGAGUCCACGUCUGAAGAUACACACCUUAUAAACUGUCUGCAAGACAAAUUAAGUGAGAGAGAAGAGAUUAUCAAGCAGCUGGUGGAAGGAAGAAAAUGUCAGCAUUCACUUGCAGCCAGCACUGAAUCUUACAGGAAUCGGUCAUUUUCUUUCAACCCUACUACAGUAUGCUUGACUCCCUCCAGAAAGCAGCAGAAGAAAACGGUUGAGGUGCCCAGUCGUGUUGUCAGUGUUCCGAAUUUAGCUUCCUACGCAAAGAGCUUUUUGAGCUGUGACUUGAGAUCAAAAAGAAGUGCUCCUCAAAUAACAAAAUCUACAAGCUUAGACCGGAGUCCUGGCUGCCUCAGGGUGGGCUCUCCAUCAAUACAGUCCUCAGACAGCAGUGCUGCCACAAGGACACAUGGCAAUGAACCACCACAAACCAAAGAUGACCAAAACCAAGAUCCUCAGCACCAAGAAUGGUUUACUAAGUAUUUUUCAUUUUAAAGCAAACUAUUUGCGUACUUCUCAGAAUUACUGUAAAAGUCAUUCCUGUUCUCUUUUUUAUGAAUGAUAACCCAAUAGAUGAUUUAAGGGAAAGAAAAAAAAGAUGUAAUUUCUAAGUAAAUAGUUAGGAAUACCUGCACUUUCUUACAUCUAGUAACUAUGGAGUUAUAGGCAUGAAUUUCAGAAAAAUGCAUUUUUUUAACAAUUUCUGUAAAAAAUGAAGAAAAAGAAAAAGUCUGGAUACUGUUAUGUGAAAAGACUUUUUAAUCAAGAGGCUGUACCACUCCACAAUUUCAUUAAAUAUGCAACUUGGACUCUGAUACGUCCUGUCAAUUUGGCACCAGCUGGAAAAGGAUCUUCUGUACGUUUAUACACUUGCUUCAUCAGCUGUUUAAAGUAAGUUCUGCAUCUAAUAAUGUAAUUUUAACAUUUAUUGCUUUUUGUUAAGUGAAUGUUAUGCUGUACAGCAUGUGGUACACCAUCAAAAAUAGCAUGUUUAUAGCAGGCUGGUUUAGAAAUAAUUUCUGGUUUGCUUCAUAAACUGUUUUGUAUAGUCAGCAUUGCUGUGUAAUAUUCCCAUUGAAUUUCAAUACAUGUAUCAGCCUGAUAAAUGAGGAUGAUGUGUAAGUAUGAGCAUUAAAGUUUGUAAAUUACCCAA